GAGACCGGUUUAUUUUUUUAUUUUUUUCACACCGUCGCGUAGUGUUUACGUCACAGAUUUAUAAACAUUAGUCGCAGAACAUCGACGUCACAAAAGCGUCGCGGCAGCACGCAGCCUCGCCAUUUUCAUCGCUCUUUGUGCGCCACUAGCUGCUAAUAAUUUAGCAUAUUUUAACCGUCGAUUCGGGUUUUAAUUCGUUUGCAAAAAGACAAAAAGAUGCAAGGAAACAGAGGCCAGCAGAACCACGGGUCUAACCGCCCGGGAGACCAGAAGAAACCCGGAGGAACAAACACGAAUGGGCAGCAGCCUGAUCCCAGCGAGCAGACAAACCCCAAUGAGGCCUUAACUCUGGACCUGCAGAGCUUCAGAAAGCCCGGGGAGAAAACCUUCACCCAGCGCAGCAGGCUGUUUGUGGGGAACCUACCAACCGGAGUGACUGAGGCGGAUCUGGAGAAACUCUUCGAAAAGUACGGCAAAGCAAGCGAGAUCUUCAUCAACAAGGACAGGGGCUUCGGCUUCAUCCGGCUGGAGACCAGGAUCAUAGCAGAAAUCGCCAGAGCCGAGCUAGAUGACACUCCAUUCAGAGGCAGGCCAAUUCGGGUGAGAUUUGCCACACACGGUGCUGCUUUAACUGUGAAAAAUUUACCAGAGUUUGUGUCCAAUGAGCUGCUGGAGGAGGCCUUCGCUGUGUUUGGUCAGAUAGAAAGAGCUGUGGUUAUAGUGGAUGACCGAGGAAGACCCACAGGGAAGGGGAUAGUGGAGUACACCUCAAAGCCAGCUGCAAGAAAGGCUUUGGAUAAAUGCAGUGAUGGUGCCUAUCUGCUCACAGCUUUCCCCAGACCUAUUACAGUGGAGCCCAUGGACCAGCUUGAUGAAGACGAGGGCCUGUCAGAGAAACUCAUAAACAAAAACCAGCAGUAUCACAAAGAGCGUGAGCAGCCACCACGGUUUGCUCAGCCAGGCUCCUUCGAGUACGAGUACGCCAUGCGUUGGAAGGCCCUGAUGGAGAUGGAGAAGCAGCAGUACGAGAUGGUGGACCGUAACAUGAAGGAGGCCCAGGAGAAGCUGGAGGCUGAGAUGGAGGCAGCCAGGCACGAGCACCAAGUGAUGCUGAUGAGGCAGGACCUGCUGAGGAGGCAGGAGGAGCUGCGGAGGAUGGAGGAGCUCCACAGUCAGGAGGUGCAGAAGAGGAAGCAGGCCGAGCUCCGGCAGGAGGAGGAACGCCGGAGGAGAGAGGAGGAGAUGAGGAUGCGCAAUGAGGAGAUGCUGAAGAGGCAGCAGGAGGGCUUCAGAGGCAACUUCUCUGAAAAUAGAGAGCAAGACAUGAGGAUGCAUAUGGGCGGUCAUGGGAUGAACAGAAACUCUCUGGGUGGCAACGCUGGUCCUGCAGGUACUCCCGGCAUGGCUGCUGAGAAUGCUCCAAUGAUGUCCGGGCCAGGAAACAACAACAACAUGCCGGGAGGAGGCCAGGGUGGCUUCCCCAGAGGCCUCCCCGGGCCUGGAGACUAUGGACCAAACAAGCAGCGCAGAUUUUAAAUCACAUGUCUACCCUUUUCAUACUCACUGUAUUUUAAAGUUCAGGUAGUGAGUUACUUUUUGAACUUUAAAAAACUGUUGCAUGUCUUUUUUUUUUUACCUUUUUAUUUGUACCUUUUUUGAGUUGUGUCUUUAGUACUAAAAUGUCAUAACUCCAAAUGAGCCAUAUGUUUUAUGUUAUUUUUCACCUUUAGUGUUAGGGAUAGAAAAUGUUUUUGUCUUGGACAUGUUGGCUUUUUCUGGAAUAAAUUCACGGUUCCCUAAGAA